AUGCCAUCUCCUCCACUCCCCUUGGUUCAGUCGCUAUCCCCGCGGAUAGCUGUACUGACCUCGGAUGAUGUGGUGGACUCAUGCGAGGCAAAUGGAUGUUGUGGUCUAGAAGAGCUACUUCGACCAUGGGAGAGCUCAGCGGAGAUGGGCAAGUCUAUCAUGUCAUCGACAUUGACACCUACUAAGCAUCCGACGUUCCCGCUACGAUUCGUCAGCUACAGCUCCAUCUUUCCUCAUCCCGAGAGCUCGAACCCUAAUCCUGACAUCGUGGUCGACAUGACGAGUAGCCUUGUAGGGUCCAAGCGGCCAGAGGACGAAUUACACUACCCCAUCACCCGGUCCAUGCUGUUAUCGUCGCGACCGAUAGCGGGACACGAGACCUUUAAUCAUCCUGUCGGCGUGUUGCUCGCCAUAUCGACUUUGACUCCCGAGCCCCUAGGCGCAUUGCAGCGUCUUCAAGCUCGAGCUAUGGGGCCCAUGAGCCAAGUCAUACCGUGGAUGGAUGGAGUCAACGUGCUCAGAUUCUUCGUGGUAGUGCAUGAUGUAUCGAGGAAAGGCGAGAAUCUGGAAGAAGCGUAUGACCUUCUAGCUGCAGUCAAGAAGAAUUGUGGACCUCAUUCCACCUUGCUAGUCAUCAACUCUCAGAUCACGCCACGUCAAGAAAACCCUCUACCAGCUAUACCUCAUCCGGCUAUCCCCCUUCCCAAGCUACCGGUCGAAUCCAUCUCUUGGACCUACUCCCAAGCGCUCGCAUCGCUCUCAUUGACCCCGGCCUUGAGCCCGCAAGCCGAACCUGACAGUAAGGUCUACGGUGUUCGCCUAUCCCCAGAAGACCUGACACGCCUCGUGGCCCUCGUCAAAGAACUCGUGACGCAAAGUGUUGUUCCAUGGAUGGAGGCUCGCAUUCGCGAAUGGAACGAGCUGUGGCACGCGAAUCGUCGAGGAAUUACAGGCAGACUCUUUGGGGCAGGACGCAAGUUCUUCACAAGCCGGCCCAAUAGUCCAGCGCCGAACGCGCAAGGCUAUAACUCAGUCAAGGGAUUUUAUCCCGUCACGUCGAUCGAAGCGGUCUCCCGGCGACUGGCAGAUUUCGCAUUCAUGCUACGUGACUACAAGUUUGCCUCGACGGUGUACGACUCGUUGAGGCGAGACUUUGCUCAAGAUAGAGCUUGGAGAUACGCUGCGGCCGCUACGGAAAUGUAUGGCUUAUCAUUGCUCCUUUCGCACAAUUACUUCCAACCUUCCACCCCUCCAACCUUGCCCAAUGCACCAUUCACCACUCUUCAACACACCGACAUAUCGUCCUGGCUGGAACAGGCCGUUAUUGCCUACCAGGGUCGCGCACCUCCCACUCAAAUCCAGCUCGACGCUCUGAGGAUCACAGUACUUUACUAUGAAGCUUGGAAAAUGAUUGGCGAGUGGAGAGGUGUAGCCUCGGCUUUGGUCAGAGCCGCAGGAGAGGCGGACGAAGUGCCGAGCGCGGUCAUGAUUGAAGAGGCUGCCGCUGUCGACGUCAGGAAAGGCCGACAAGGCAAGCGUCGCAGAGCCUUCCAUCUUGUCUUGGCUGCCAGGCGAUACGAGACAACCGGUCUGAAAACGUUUUCAAGGAGAUGCUUGGAUCGCGCCUCUGAUAUUUACCGAUCAGCGCCGUGGACUGCUGCUCAGGACCUCAUCGAGUACACGUUGGGCAGACAGGCUUACACCCUCGGCGAGAGCGACGUGGCUGUCCAGCAUUUCCUACGUCUCAUCGGGCCACGAGAGGGACCAAGUCAUGGUGGCAUACUGGAAGAUUUGAAGUUGGCCCAUGAGGUAGGCCCAUCCGUGAACACCGAUGAAAAGCCACGAAACGACCUUCCCGUUACGAUUUUUGACAUCCAAGCCACUCGCAUAACAACGCCAUAUCCUCCCAUAUCUCUGCCUCCUCAGCUCGAGAAGCCACUGGCGGGGCGCAAGUUGAAACAACCUGAUGGUCUCUCGCAAGGGGAGAUGAUCACUGUCGAACUUGUCGCUCGCAAUCCCCUACCCGUUGAACUACGGCUCACCAACUUGCAUCUGACUGCAGAACCAACGAUCGAGAUAGCCAGUCUCGAUUCAAUGAUACUACAGCCAAACGAAUCUCGCCUCGUCUCCUUCCCUGUCAAUCCGACAGAUACUGGAUCUUACACCAUCAGUACAAUCUCCUUCCUCUUCCACGGCUUUUAUCCCUGUACGCAAUCCCUGAAGAAGCAAGGGAAACGACUACAUGCGAGCAAGGAGCAAAGAUUGACACCUACCUACGCUCAGGACCGAUCUCUCACCUUUGCGGUUGGGCCUCCGAGACCUCGGGUCGUAGUCCAGCUGCUUGGGAUGCCCACGCAAAUGUUCCAGGGUGAAGUCGUCGACGGGUCUAUCUCCAUCCUCAACCCCGGCAGCAUUGAGAUACAGGGCGUGGACAUGAUCACCUCGGAGACCGGUGUUUUGAUCGGUCUUCACGACGAAAAGGUCACAGCCACAAACCGAAUCAUGUCAAACACACCGUUCCGCUUGACAUCGGAUAUUAUUGCUCCAGGUCAGACCAUAUCCAUCCCCCUUAUCUUCACCGCUUUGAGUCACGGCGACAGCCAUGUUCAGGGUGUGAUUCUCUACGACAACGAAUCAACGUCAUUUGCGGCGCAGGUCGAGGUUUUGCCCCUGUUAGAUGCUCGGGUCUGGGUCGAGCCGAGGAAAAUGGGCCGACUGGCUUUGGAUUUGCAGCUCGGAAAUCUAUCGGAUUCUCCAGUGAGCAUAGAAUCGCUGGAGGGCUCAGGUAUCUACUGGUCAGUCUAUGCGCAAAAGAUCAGAGACGAUCUCUUGCCUGGUCAGACGCUUUCCUGCCUUUUGUCCGUCAAGGAUGCCUCUGGAAGUGAUCUGCGACAAAAAGAAUUGGUCACAGCUCUGGAUGCGAUAAUUUCUGGCAAAUCAUCUUCUGAGCUCAAUCCGAACUUUCCCUCCGGCAUAAGCAUGUCUCCGUCUUUCCUCGCCUCCUUGCAUCGCCAUCGCAUCUCGUUUCUCCUCAGCCACUUUCCCACUAUCCCUGCCUCAUCGUUAACUCAUAUCUUUCCCCUUCACGAUCCCUUAGAUCUCAACAUUCAUGUCGGGUGGUCGUUGGGUUCCCGUCGAGGCACUACCUACCUACAUGGUCUCCGUGUAGGCCCUGAAUUCUCCAUCGUCGAAGACCUGCGGAGGCAAGUUUCAGAUGCCCUUGCAGCGGGCGGGAAAGCGACGCGAGUCAUGUAUGAGGAGACUGGUCGACUGCGACAACAACUUAUUACAUCCAUACUCGACGGUGUUUAUUCACAAGAAGAUGAUCCCGUCUGUCUGAGAGUCAAAAUCGAGGGAUCUAAGAGGGGCAUUGUGUCUCGUGGAGGCUCAGGGGCUAUUGGAGUCGUCUUUCAGAUAGACAAUCGGUCACCGGCGAUAUCAGUACGUUGGCUUCUCACGUUGCCUUUGUCCAGCACCGAAGUAGCGGGUAUGGACCCCGCUCGCUUCACCUCGACAUUGACUCAUCGUGGCACCCUCGAACCUGGGCAAGCGAAAGAGGUGUUCGCCACCAUCUGGGUGGACAGACCAAGUCUUGUAUCGCUGGACGGGUGGGACCUGGCAGUGGAGACUGGGGAGGAAAGGAACGGAUGGCAAGUGCGGCGCCAUUGGCAUAGAAGAGGCGAAAGUCAAUGGGUCGAGGUCGUGGACUAG